AGUCUCUUCCCAAUGAGGAGGAUGAUGAAGAAGGGGGUCUCCGCUCUGCUGCUGCUGCUGCUUCUGAGCCUGGCGACGCCUCUUGCUCCGGGGCUGAGGCUUCUCCUCAACAGCCCUCAGCUCUUCAACUGUUCCCAGCCGGGUCUACUCUGUCAUGUGAAAAAUAGUACCUGCAUGGAUCAAAGUUGGCUCCAUUUUUGGGAAUGGACUCCCUCAGCCCCAAGUUCCAUUGAUGUCCAUGUUGACACUUACUUUGAUGCAGUGAGAAAACUCGUCCCUGUCCUGAAAAUAGAAUGGAAGGUUGCUACUGAUGCGAGCAUACAAUACCUCAGAGGGGUAGAAUUGACUGUGCUGCAGGUGAGCAGUAACCAGCAGGUCUGUGUACAGUUCGACUUCCAGAAUAAUCUCUUGUUCCAAGUCUCUCCCAAUGGUGGAGGCCGGUGGAAUUUCUCUUUCAAUCAAUUUGAGGUACAACCAGGACAGGUGUACCAAGUGACUGUGCAACACCUGCCCAGUCUAAGUACUCCAGGAGACCAUAAUUGGAAGUCCAUGUCAGUCACAGUACCAGACUGCACAGUUCCUCUCAUGAAGACAACAGUACCAUGUCUGGAAAUAGGCAGUCUGUGGGAGCCCAAUAUUGAUGGGAUAAGUCUAGCUGAUGACACUCUGUUGGUGAGCUUUAACCCAGCUUUGGAGGCAGCCAAUUAUUAUAUCCAUGUGAUCAGUUUUCAAGAUGAACAGGAAUGUAAAAAGGCCACUAAACAAAUCUCAAAGGAGGGACUUCAACAGCGACUGAAUGUGACAAUUAUGCUAGAGAGAAACUUGAAGAGUUGUUGCAAAUACCAAGUGCAGAUCCAGCCAUUCUUUACAGCCUGUGCCACAGAUUGUAAGAGGCAUUUGGUUUCCAUCCCAUGCCCCUCAUCUCCCACAGACAGCAUAAUGAAGGAACCAGAUUAUCUUUCAAUGGGACUGCCCAUAGCUCUCACAUUCAUCUGCUUUUUAUUAGUUGGGUCAGCUGUUGCCUCAGCUAUUUGCCUUGCUCGAAGGCAUAAAGUAACAAGCUCUGGAGCAAGCAAUAAUUUUGAAGCAAGCCAUGGUCUCCUGCCUGCAUCACAGACUCCUCCACCCCUGAAGCCUCGUAAGGUUUGGAUUGUGUAUUCUGCUGAUCACAAGCUCUACGUAGAUGUUGUGAUGAAGUUUGCUCAGUUCAUGAUCACAGUCUGUGGCACUGAAGUAGUUCUAGAUCUGUUGAAUGAACGUCAGAUAUCUGAGAUGGGACCUGUACCCUGGCUUACUCGUCAAAAACAGGAAAUGGAAGCACUCUCUUCAAAGAUAAUUAUCUUGUGUUCUCAGGGCACUCGAGCUAAGUGGCAGGCCAUGCUUGGUCGUAGUGAGAUAGCUGUGUCUCUCAGGCAAGAUAACCUGCUUCCAUUAGGAGAUAUGUUCACGCCAGCAUUGAAUCUGAUCCUGCCAGACUUUAAGCAGCCAGCUUGCUUUGGCAUGUAUCUAGUCUGUUACUUUGAGGGCAUAAGCGAUGAGAGAGAUAUUCCAGAACCAUUCAAUGUCACCUCCAAGUACCAGCUGAUGGAUAAGUUUGAGGAAGUUUACUUUCUGAUUCAGGAUCUGGAAAAGUUUGAGCCAGGGCGAAUCCAUCAGAUUCCAGAGAUCUCACCUGACAAGUACACUGAGAGCCCUAGUGGUAGACAACUAAAAGAGGCACUGCAGACAUUCCAGAAAUGGCAGUCUGAGCAUCCUGAUUGGUUUAAAAAACAAAACACCUCUUGUGAGUCUGAAGAUGACCUGGAGUCCCUUAAUGGGGAGCUAUCUGAGGAAUUAACACCACUCCAGGGAGGAAUUGUGAAACAUCAGCUGAUCCCACAGCAACCUGUUCACAAUAGCUGUUUGGUCAAUCUCUUGGCCACUGAAGAUGAGUUGGGAGCCCAUAGGCUGCUUCCCCAGCUCCUUUCAAAGGAUGAUCUAGCAUUCCAGACCCUGGUGGUUCCUGCUGAUGACACUUCUCAGGUUCAGAUGGUAGUGUCAUUUGACCUUGCAGAAGAGGGAGAGCUACUUAGCCAUCAACUGUUGACCAAUGAAGACAGGCUGGAAAGAAUGCCUAUGACAGAAGCUAGCCUUCCAAGGAGGAGCAGUGCCAUUCUUCAGGAUAACAUACCCUCAGAUUCCCAUCCUUUGUCAGUUGAUGUGAGGCAGCAGCUUGGGGAAUUAAUGUACUCUCUCUAUCAGCAAAGCAUUACCCCUUGUGAUCCACCUCUCUGCCAAGAUGAUGUUAAUGAACAACAUGGUUUGGUUUUUGACUCUUGCAAAGAUCAAAGGCAAUCAGUGCAGUCAGACCAGGGUUACAUCUCCAGGUGUUCACCUUUGCCUUCUGAUGGCCCUGUGGAGGAAGAAGAAGAAGACCAAGAACAGGAAGGACAGGGAUAUAAUGGGUCCCUUUCCCAAGAUGUAUUGGACAGUUUAAAAAGUCUUCAGCAACAACUGCUUUUCCAAGAUAUUCAGCACAACUUCAGCUAGGGUCUCAUCAGAGGGAAGAUGCUCUGGAUCUUUAUCCAGAUCCUGUUCUAUGUUUUGCCCAAAAGGAAAUGUCUGUUAUUUGAAAUGUAAACGCUUCAGGCAACCAUGUGUGUCCUUGUGUCACAUGCUUCUGUGAAGCCUAAGUCUAAUGGGUAGGAGGGCUGACUAACAACUGCCAUUUUUUAGCCAGCUAUCUACUAAUGCACCCCGCUUAUAGUGCCUGUUGGAACAUCAUUACUAUUUUAUCUUCUAAGACAAAGAUGUCAAAUUAUGAAUAAUGCUUCAUCCUGUGGAUUGACUGAUGCUUUAAACUACCUCUUAGAAGCAUAGGAACAGCUUCAUAGGAAUAGACAAAUUGUCAAGCUAUCCUAGAGUCCUUCACAAGUGGUCAGUACCAUAUACACUCAUCCCUCCCCAUUUGUGGACUCAGUAUCUGUGGUUUUGGUCCUUCGCUGACGGCAAGCAAAGAGGGACAAAAUGGGGCAGUUCCCUGGGGCAUGCAUGCAGCAGCGCAUGCAGAAGCGUGCCCCAAUUAUAACCAAUGGGGCUUGAACAUCUGCAACAUUUCCAAUUUGUGGGGGGGGGGUGGUAGUAGUACAGAAUGGAUCCCUGUGAAUCAGUAGAGACAAGUGUAUUUUUAUUCAAAGUGGUGGUCCAUGGUUCUGUACUGCUCUCUGAGCCAUCAGUUGCUGGUCUGUGACAAGUUUCUAGGAAAGAAAGAGGGAGUUGUAACUAGUGGGUAUGAAUGUGAUACUGGUCCCUGGCAUACUAGAUAAAUAAAUGCCAGACCCCUGCAUCAGACAGCACGAGAAGCACUUUCCAGAGACACAGGGUGUUAUUGGUAUGAUCCAUUGUUCACAACAGAUAAAUGAUAAUGCUAAUUCAGACAGCUGAUUAUUCUAACUCAGGUACAAUGUUUCCAUCUUGAUGAUUUUAUAAGAAUCACUUUCAUUGAGAUUUUUAAAUCCAGUGUUCUGUUUUCCAUUAGCCAACCAGGUGCUUCCAGGCAAGUUUUCUCCCUCUUUUGGCCCCUCCAGUAUUUCCUAUGAGUGGAGAGGUGUGGCUAUUAUGAUGAUGGCUAAUAGCUCCUGGUGAAUGUGCUCUUUAAUCCCCUCUUUAAAAUCAUCUAGCUUGGAAAAUUCUGUCAAUUUAGUCAUGCAUUGUGUGAAGAAUUACUUUCUGUUACCUGUCCUGAAUCUGCCUCCGAUCAAUUUCAGUAGAUCAGUAGUUUUUCUGUUAUGAGAGAGGAAGAAAAAACCCUCUAUGCACUUCAUGUAUUGUUUUUAUGAGUCUUUUUCAUGUUCCUUCUCAGGCGCGUUACAGACCGCCCAAAACGGGCGGUCUCGCACCGCAGCUGGUUGCUCCGCGAGGGAGCUGCAGCAGCCAAACCGCGCGGCUCCCUCGUGGAGCAAAAAGAAGCCCCAAAACGGCACUACUUCUUGCGCCCCGGAUGGAACGUCACGAGGCACUACUCGCGCACUCGCGGCGUCAUAUCCGGGGCGUGACAUGCGGACGCUAUGUGUCCAGCACAUAAAAAUGGCGGUGCCCGUGUGUAUAGGACGCCACCAUUUUUACGCCACCGUCACGUGC